UUGUUUUUGGUGAUCGUUAUUCCUGAUAUAUGCUGUAGAGGCAUUGGAUACUGGAAUUCCUAUACCAGAAGCACGGAGUAUCUUGAUUUACAACCCGAAAAUGCCCCAAUUUCUGAAGAUGAAUUAUCGAAGCACACCUCUAUUGAUGACAUGUGGAUUGCAUUGCAAAAUAAUCACCAGCUGGAGGUAUACGACGUAACACGAUUUGCUGAAUUUCAUCCUGGUGGAUCUAAGGUCAUUUCCCAGCAUGCCGGAACUGAUGCGUCUGAAGCGUUUAGAUGUCUGCUUGAAUUUCUGAUUACAGAGCUGCUGCCGGAAUUAGAACCUGAUCUCAGGAGCAUACGUAUUCAUCCACACUCCGUUGGCCUUGUGCGUGACCCGUGUGUUCACAUUGACCUUCGAUGCACCAAUAAUUCAUCCAAAAUGCUCCUCACGUCACAAAACGAUAUCCUAGAACAUAAAAUCAUAUCCUUGAAUGACCUUUGCUCACCAGCUAGCUGUGUUUCUCACGUGCGUCCCUACACUCCUACAUGUACGAAUUUUUUACGAGAAGCUGACAGCGCAGUCGAAUUCGAGCUCCUCAUCAAAGUCUACGAAAAUGGCACUGUUUCCACAAUUUUGGAUAAAACCAAAGAAGGUUCAACCGUCGAAGUUAGUCUACCGAUGGGCUGCAUCGAACCCAGUGUUCUCUUAAACUGCGUUGGUGAUGAAUUUAGGGCUUGGAACCGCAUAUAUAUGCUAUGCGCGGGUAGCGGUGUAACACCCUUUCUGCCCGUGAUCCAACGAAUCAUAAAUCUUCACCAGACAAGUGUCCGCCUUUUAUGGUUUAAUCGCAAACUUCAAGACGUGAUACUCAGUCAAGAACUUGAAAAUCUCGCCUCGUGUGCCGGGAAUAGAUUUGCAGUUCACCAUUGGUUGGAAAUCCAACCAGAAGACAGCGUGCCGUGUCUGCCCAAUAGCGCCAUUGGUCGUGUUGGGGAGGCGCUGUGUUACAAAUUUUUCGGUCAUUUUGACGACGUGACUGCUGCCUCCACUUUGUGUCUCAUCUGCGGACCGCCAGGUUUCAAUACGUCAGCAAAAGAGUAA